ACUUAACAAUGUAUAAAUAUGUGCAAUCUGUAUCGACUAUAUCUUCUAUCUUCUGAUGGAGCCUUUACUCGGCAGGUCGAAUUAAAUCUGAGCACUUAUAACGAAAAGUUUCUACCUGAGUCCAUAAUUCAUCUCAUACUUAGACAAACCUCCAAAGAGUAAACAGAAAUGGCAACUCCUAAUGCACAGUUUUCUCGAGAGUAUCUCGUGCACAAUGGGUGCGCGGUGCUCUGCCUCGACUGCCCUGGCAACGGCUCCUUCAGCUUCGGAAUCGACAACCAUCUUUGGGAAACCGGUCCCAAGUUUAUGGGUGUCAAAUUCAUACCACCAGGAGCACACUUUCUGUACUAUAGCUGUGGAGCAGCAGGUGGAGGCUCUUCUGUACCUGUAGGAGAGGCAGAAAAGCCAGUGGUGGAUGUAGGCGCAGCACUAGGAGCCGUGGUUUCACCAUCUUCCUCUGGAGGUUCCAGCAACGACGAUGAAGCAACCUCUUCGGAAACCGUGUCACCUCCUUCAGGAGCAGCUGGCGCAGUUAGCACUAGUACUACUAGAGACCAAGAAGUAUCGCUGCACAGAUGUGGUUUUUUCGCCUACCUAAAGCCGAAAGAAGUUCUCAUAAGACGUUGGUGCCCGCGCACUGAAACCUUAGUGAGGCUCAAAGAUCCUGACGAAGAAGCGCGAUACCGAGAUGGCGUGAAGCAUUGGGAUUUCGACCUCAAUAUGGGAGAAUAUCCGAUGGACUUGUACGCCGAUUGGACCGAGAUCACACGGCACAUUAGCCACGCUGUCAUCAGCAAGAUCGAGCCUGUUGGCGGACUAUUGGCUGCGAGAGGAAAGGAAUUCGUAGUAGAAGAAGAAACAAGUUCUUGUGCUGGUGCUGGAGCUGGACUACAGAAGAUGGAGACGACAUCGACAACUACUGCGGCAAGUGCGUCUAAAAAACGGGCUCUUGACUCUUCUGAAGAUACUUCCAAGAACGUAGAAACUAGUGCUAAGCCUAAUGAAAGCGACGUCAAAGCUGUCAUCCAAGAGGUUGGCUCUUGGAAGCCACCGGCUUAUCGAGGCACCGACCGCGAACAAGAGGACAAGAGGAAGGCACUGCAAGAAGAAAUAGAAGACGCAAAAAGAGAAGCAAACAUGGCCUCUAUAGAAGAUGCGAAUCGAUUUGGACGCCUGUUCUUCUCCACGAUUCCACAAACAACGACAGCAGGAGACUUGGCUGAUUUGUCUUUAUGAUUAACAUGAAAAAUAGGAUCAAAAUCAGUAGAGCGCAUGGCGUUAGAGCAUCAUUUGGCUCAUGUUGUCCAGACAACAGUAUAUUACGAUCUACUUAACAGUUCCCUGAUUUCACUAGCAAUGUAAUCAAGAAGUCGUGACAAGGUAGUAUCGCAUUUCUCUUCCCCAACUACGUCGCUCCCCUUUCAUUCUAUCCUUCCGAAAUCACGCGACGGCAUUUGGACAAGAGCCACGUGAUCGAAAAGUUGGUGCGACACGAGUACUGCAAGAUUGACGGCACACAGAAGGCGUGCUCUAGCAGAGGUGGUAAUAAAGACACCUCUUCAAAGAACACUAAGCAUGAUAUUCCCCUCCUUCCGUUCCUCGCUCUCCUCGGCGAAGUGGAGCUGGCCUACGUGGCGUUCCUCCUCGGACAAAACUACGAAGCAUUUGAGGCUUGGAAACAGCUUAUUGCGAUUCUGUGUUCCUGCACCCAACUAGUGAACAGGCAGCCCUUGCUCUACAUAGAGUUUCUCAGAGUGCUCUACGCCCAACUCCAGCAGGCGCCGGAAGAGUUUUUUGUCCUGGGUGGCUUUGCCGACCUGCAAGACAACUUCUUAGUGCAGUCGGCAGUACAGUUGACGCAAAGGAUCGAAGACGCACUUCUGUUGGAAGAAGAGCUCUUGGAUCAUGCGGAGAUGGAGACACCAAUUACGACGUCAAUUACAACUACCUCUACCUCUACUAUGGACAAUGCCAUAGAGCACGACCGAAGAGACAAAAAGGCGGAGGCAAGUGCAGCGGAAAAACAGGCCGUUCGGCGUUGUCUGCAGGAACGUGUUGGGCAUGUUCGAGAAUUACUCACUGGGAAAUUCGGGCAACCGUUCAAUCAUAUGACAGCGGCUGCAGGAGAGGGUGAGGACUGUCCGCAGGUAGACAAAAGCCUAGGAAUGGACGUUGAUUUGCAGGAUUUGAAGGCAAAUAGGGAUCCACAACACCAAUUUUUUGGCGGACGAAUGUUAGGGAACGAUUUCGAUGACGAUGAUGAUAUGCCGCAAAUCGUAGACCUCGAUCAGGGGUAUGUAUUCUAGUGCGAAGGCUGCAUUCAAAUGAGGCGCGAAAUGCAGCUCCUGCUGAGUCAAAGAUUCUGUUUGUUUCACCUUCACUACAUCAUAAACAGGUGGCCAUUUUCACCAAUCAAUGCUUUUUAGUACCCUGACCCCUCUCAAUAAUUACAAUUUUAGUGGCCUUGGUCCAACACGG